GUUUAACCAUCGAUGACUGGCACCGUUUUGACGUCGCGACGUCUAUGAGGCAGACGAUUUUCUGCAGAGGGAAGACAUGAAAAUAGAGGCCAGCAGCAGUUGUUGAAGUGAAAACAUGUCCAAGAAAAGGGGCAGGAAACGUAGCAGCGGAGAACUGAGCGACUCGCUCUCCCCUGACCCCAACUGCCUUCUGGGUAAGAGGAUCCAGCACAGCUGGAGGGAGAAAGGUGCACUCACUAAGUGGAAAGGCACCGUCUUGGACCGGCUCAGCGUCAACCCAUCGCUCUUCAUGGUCAAAUACGAUGGCUUUGACUGUGUCUACGGCAUCGAGCUGUUCAAAGAUGAGCGCGUGUCUAAUCUGCAAGUGCUCACUGAGAAAAUUGUGAACAACAAGAUUAAGGUGCCUCAUGACCCAGAGGAGCUGGUCGGGAAAGCAGUAGAGCAUCUGUUUGAGAAAGAGGACGGAGAAAAGAACGAGUGGAGAGGGAUGGUGCUGUCUCGUGCCCCCAUCAUGACCAACUGGUAUUACAUCACCUACGAGAAGGAUCCAGUGCUGUACAUGUAUCAGCUGUGGGACGACUACAAGGAAGGCGACCUCCGGAUUUUACCUGAAGCAGAGAACAAGCACCUGCUGCCUGCUGACAGGAAGCCUGGCGAGGAGACCGAGAGCCUUGUGGGUAAGCAGGUUGAAUAUGUUACUGACAAAGGAGUAAAGAGAACCGGGCUGGUGAUCUACCAAGUCCCCGCCAAGCCCUCCGUCUAUUACAUCAAAUACGACGACGAUUUUCACAUUCACGUCUACGACCUGGUCAAGACCACCUAAAAUAACGAGAAUGCGGCAUACGAAGACUAAACACAUCAUCACCUCUUCGUAGCGUAAUGUCGUCGCCUUUCAUUGUACUCUCUCUCUCUCUCUCUCUCUCUCCCUCUCUCCACUGUGUGUUGCUGUGGAGGGGCGGAAUGGCACAGAUGUUUGUGGUUUUGUUCAUUUGCGUGUCGUAUUCGUGGAUGUCACAUCAUCGACGCAAGUUUAAAGAACAAAGUGGAAAGCCCCAGUUAGGGACUUUGUUUGUGCUGAGCAUGCUAACUGAAUGGUUAUCUCUCUUCUAGUGGGCGUGGUGACGAAAAGACAGUCAGUUACAGCGAUUUCUGAUUUGGGGCUUUAAAUGUAAAAAUGGGGAAGCAGGUGUAUCUAGAGAUACACAGUCUAUUUAUUGACAUUUAAUUAUGUUACCAUGUUUUUGUGAUAAUCAUAAGCCAUUUUAUGAAGACAACAUUUUUUUUUUUUUUUUGCAAGCCAGAAUAGGUUGGAGUAAUCGAGAAUACUUACAGGAUUAAUCUUUAGCAAAAAUUAAGGCAACUAUUUAUUUAUGCUUUCUGUUAUUUUUUUAUUCUUGCAGAAGUCACUACUGUGAGUGCCGCUUUGAUUCUUUAAAUCGACUUGCUAAAAUUCUUUUGGUAAUAUUCCACUUGAAGAGCCUGAAUCCAAGAUGGCUCUGCCAUAAAAAAAAAUAAAAUAAAAUAAAACGCUUUUCAGAGAAGACAACCUGCUAUCAGGAAGCUCUCAGCCAUCCUGUGAAGAAAUAGGAGUAAAAAGACAAAAAGAAAUAAAGGCUCAAUGAGAUUACAUUAUUUCAGUGUAGGUAUAAUUUUGGAUUCUUUUAAAGUUUUUAAUAAAAGAUAUAGUCUGCUGUUUGCCCAGUGAAAUAAUUGUCAAUCAGUUUCGUACUUUGACAUAUAAAUUAGGCCCUUGUUUUUUUUCCUGCUUAAUAAACAAAAUAAUUUUUUUUGUUGUUUUUUAAAUAGGCCUACGUUAUGUAAAAAGGAGGUUUUAUUAAAAUUAUGUUGAUUAUCUGAUCUUAAUUACUGCAUAACCAUGUAACUGUAAACAUAAUUAUCUCUGUAGUUGGGUAGAAUCAUUAUGAGGUUGCCUACCUAAGUGGCUCCACUUUAAUAUGAUGUUUAAUAUAAAGUAAAUCUAUCCAGCAGGCUGGACCUUAAGAAAAAAAAUCUGACUAAAAAAUAAGUUUAAAAUUAAAAUGGAUUUCAUUUUAUUUCCUGGAUUGACAGGAUGUUUCAGGGGAGGACUGUAGUGAGUUCAUGUCUCUAAUAGUUGUCUUGUUAUGAUGAAUAGCACUUUUUACACUUCUUCAACAAAACGCACUGAGGUACAAAUAUCAUAGUAGUAUUGUACUUAACACAGCAGAAAUAACGCAACUAUAUUAUGAAUUGUGGUCCGAGUUGAAUUGAAUAUUUAACACUUCCUUGGACAGAAACAUACAGACCCCCAAGCUGUUUUUCCCCCUUUACUUAUGAGUAAUAAAACUCAUAAAAUUUGGAAUGGCCCUUAAAGAUGGCAGAAUGUUAAAGCCAGUAAUACAGUUUAUGAGUUCACUUAAAUGUGAUCCCUUGUUUUUGGUUUGUUUGUUUGUUUGUUUGUUUUACACCGUAAAUGACAAAGCACAUUAAAUAGUCGUGUUUUACGGCAGGAGAUAAUUGCUUGCUGUUAGUGCUUUUGUUAUUGUAGUCCAGAUUUUCAUAAAAGCAUACAAAUAGUGCAUCGCAUUAUGUCUUGGUUGUAUAAUAGUGUAUCCAGUAUCGUGGCUGUAUUCUGCAAAAUUGCAAAUUCUUUUGCUUUACUAUUUUAAAAAGGGCACCUUUCGGAUCUUUGCAGUUAACUGGCUGAUAUCUUUUUGUUUGUGGCUUUGAACAUUUAAAAUCUGUGCAGAAUUCUUCCUGUUGGGGAUAAAAACAUAAACAUUAAAUAAUUGAUCAGUGUUUUACUAUACAAUCUCCUUACUCAUUCUGUUUCUUCAUUCCCCACAAUUGUACAGCUUUUAACAACACACAUAAUCAACAAAUCAAUUUAGUUCCUGCAUGUAAUUCAAAAACAGACACAUUAAUAAUAUCUCUCACAUGUUGUCCUUUUCAAAAUGGUCAAAAGGUGUAAUCUUGUAUGUACUUAAAUGUAAUUUUUUGUAAAUACUGCAUAUAUGCUUGAAAUUGUUUUGUUGCCUUUUUUUUCCUUUUUUUUUUUUGUUCAUAGCAAUUGCACUUUAUUUUCGUCUUAGUCUGCCUCAGUGAAAGAGGAUUUUUUUUAUUAAUUCAGGCAGAAUCAUUUUAUCCUUAAAGAGCAACUCUAGCCGGCUGUUUAUUUGAAGAAAAAAGAGACAGGAUUUUAUUUACUUCUGUGUUGUUCUUUCUCUUUUGAAAGUAAAAAAAAUAAAAAAAAUCAAUAAUCGAUCAUUCAUUAAUAGUGAAUGAUAUUGAAUAUCAGAUGCUCAUUUCCCCCUUAGUUCAAUUUUUAUUUAAAAAAUCUAGCAACACAAUCCAGUGUUUUACAUACGCUAAUUUAUUUCAAAACAGCAAUCUGUUUUGUGGUAAGAGCUGUCCAGGAAAGAAAAGAUGGCAGAAGGAGAAUGACUAGUAACAGCUUGGGUGUCGAGGUUACUCUACUACAUGCAAAACAAACCUGCAAAAUAAGUUACUGCAUUUUUAAUUAGUUAAAAUCUUAACAAUUAAUUAAUAAUUAUUAAGAUCUCUUGGUAAAAGCAUACCAUACUUUAAUUGUAAAGCUCACACAUUAAGCUUUAGUUGAUCAUGAACACUGGGAAAUAUGGCCGUAAUAGUCUGACAAGCCAGUGUGUACUCCUACUGAGAAAUUAACUAAAGAAAACAAGAUGAUUUAAUGAAUGAAAGAAGUUGCACGUAGUAUGGUUUUGAAACACAGGACUUGCACAGUAAAUAUAGCUUCAUGACUGAAUGAAGUUACGUUUUGGACAUGUAAUAUAUGUGUAAAAAAAAAAAAAAAAUUAAAAGUGAAAUGGAUUUCAUUUUAUUUCCUGAACUGACAGGAUGUUUCAGGACAAUGAUGUUAUAUUCAAUACUGCGCAAAAGUCUUAGGAACAUGCAAGUAGAGCAAGGAUGACUUAAAAAGAAAAAAGCCCAGUAAACAAGAAUUAAGAAAAAAAAAAAGUCAAUAUUUUGUUUCAUGAGGCUUUGAUGACCCUUUAGUGUCGGGUAAAAUUUGUGGGGGGAAAAACUUUAUAAGGAAAUUACUCAGCAUCCUGGACACAGUUCUUCUAAGGACAUGUUGCACCUGCUUCUUUUUUGCAUAGAAAAAUCCAUUACUUUCUAUUUUGUCUUUUAAAAAAGUGGUCACUUAUAUAAUGUAUGCUGCUAUCUUUUGUGGCAUAACUUUAAAAAAGUUUUCUACUGACUCUAUAAGAUAGAAAUUACCAAAAAAAUCUAUAAUAAAUUUUGUAUUAAAUAACAUGGGGUCUUUAAGAUUUUUGCUACAGUGCUGUAUGUUUGAAGGAGUUCUACUUGAGUGUUAAAGCAUGCUACUUCUGGACAGAUGCAGUAUGUGGACCCCUAAAACACAGCACAAAGGACUUGGAAAAACCAUGACUGCAUUGGCAGCAGUUUUUCCUGAAGACAAACGGUUAAGACGAAUUAAUUGCCUAGGAUUUUUUAAAUUAUUUUCUUAUUUUUCUUGGUUCUUUUCAAAUCUGUAAAAAAAAUCUGACUGAUUCUGUUUGUCAUUUGCAGACUACCACCUCUAUCUUCUUUAGUAAUGAAGCAAAUAGAAAACUGUUCUCUUAUUUAAAUGUAAUGUGCUGGAGUUGCUCUUUAAACUGAGUAAAACCACAGUGACGAUGUAAAGGAUACGCUGAUGGCAAUCACCAAAGGGAAAUUUGGUUCUUCUCUUGUUUUUAAACUAGACUUCAUUAUGUAGCUGCCAUAGUAUUAUUCUAAAACAAGUAAAAAAAGAAAUUAAAAAAAGUAUCAGAAUGUGACGCACCUUAAAUUUGAUUGUAAUUUAAAAGAAACGUGUUAUCAAAUAUAUCUUCUUUUUUUUGUUAAACUUGUAAGCACAGUAUGCCUUCAUGUAAGUUUGGCUUUUUUUGUAUAAAUGCAGCUCAUUCCCUUAGGGCUUGUGAUUCUAGUCAGAUUUCUCCCUUGUACAGUAGCAUUUGCUUUUGUUCUCAGACAGACCUUUAUGAUUGCAGAUGAAAUGAUGAUCUAACUGGUUUUGAUUUGAAGAGGCGAGAAACCGAAGGCUGAAGUUCAGCUGGACUUCAUGCUUAAGUUUAACAGUCAGGACCUUCAUAAUGAUUCUAUGAGAGAGUCUCAGGCAUAGUUUUUCUCUCAAAUCCGUGUUAUCGAAUAACUCCGUUUCAUCAAGCAUGCGUUUCAAAAGUUGUCCAGAUCUGUUAAAGAAAAAUCCUGUCAAUUGAAAGAUGACCCUGUUGUGCAACCUGUUUGCUGUAUACUGUCACUGAGAUAAGGUUUGACCCAGCUGUACAGUUUUAACCUUUUGCUGAUGUAAAUACAGCUUCAGAUGUUUCCUUAUGCUUUGUAGGAUACACAAUACAGUUGAGUGGAAAUAUCUGUGUAGUCACCUGUACUUGUUUUAAUCGCCUGUAUUAUACUUUAUUUCUGAUCUGCAUCUGUUUCGUGUGGACCGAAUGGGAAAUACUUGUCCAUGUCAAGCAAAUUAAUGACGUGCGUUCUUCGGGUUUCAUUCACUCUUGCUAAUUGUGAACAAGUAAAUCUCUUUCUCGCUCCUCUGUAAAUGUGGUUUAUCGUACACACGCUCUGCAAGCUUCCAAUAAUCCCCAACCCUCUAGUUGUUCCCUCUUUGAUAUGUGUUCCUGUUAGUUCCUGCUUUUUUCUUUUUUUUUUUUUUUUUGCCAAAGUUAACUUUUCCUUAGGCAACCUUCGAAAGUGUCAAAACUGUUCCUGUUGUCUGUGUAAUGAUGCUAUAAGUAAAAAAAUGAAAUAAAAGAGAUAUUUUUUGCACUGA